AUGCUGCCACCGGGCAGCCCCUCCCGGAGCCUCGCCCAGGCGGCCGAGAGGAUCGGCGCGGCGCUGAUAGGCACCCCUCUAAACCUCCCCGGCGUCGGCUCGUCCACGGCGGCGGCAGCGGCUCAGGCGCCGACGGCAGAGCGACAGCCUGCCGGCGGCCCAUCCACGAGUACGGAGGAGCCUGCGACCUCGCCGCGCAUCACCGCCGAGGCGCUUGUGGAGAGUCUGGCGGCCGCCGCCGAGGAGGCAGUGCCGCAGACGGGCGACCUCGCAGCGCCCGGUGUGGCGGUCGCUGCGGCCGGCGUCCGCUGGCUGCAGGACACGGUCCCCUUCUGCGGGCUGCUCCUCGUCGUCUUUCUCCAGCAGCACCUGCUGCCCAUCCUCGCCUUCAGCUGGUGCACCUUUGUGCUCCACCACGCCAACGCGCGCGUCCGGCUGUGGCUGCCGCUGCUGCAGGCGCCGCCCGGAGGCGCCGGGGUGCUGCUCGUGGCGGCCGAGAUCGUGACGCAGCUCCUCGCGCUGCUGCUGCUCUGCGGGCGGGACCUCGUCUCGCAGCUCCUCCUCCGCCUCCCGGACUGGGCCCUGAACGGCGCGACCCUCUUCGGAGUGCUGCUCGCCGUCCUCUCCGCCGACGUCGUGCUCAGCGGCCUGCUCUACCGCUCGCUGCUGCCCAUCCCUCUCUGGCACGCGUGGCUGGUGCACGCCGUGCGGGGCCGCCUCCUCGCGUCCCUGCUGGCCGGCCUCUACUUGACGCUCAAGCUGACCCAGCUCGUCGAGCGCACGCGCGCCGCCCUCCUCGCCACGCGCUCCCUGCUCACGCAGCAAGUGCUCGUCGGAAAGCACGCCUCCGCCGAGGAGGAGCCGAUGACUGCGCCGGUCGUGCUCGAGGGCUGCUCGCACAUCUUUUGCGAGGAGUGCAUCGUCGCCUGGUGCGAGCGGGCAGGCUCCGACGGAGCAACCUGCCCCCUCUGCCGCCAGCCUGUCCAGCUCGCGACCGGAGUGCACGCAUGCUACGGCGACGGCACAACCAGCUUGCUGCCGCAGGUCUUUUAG